CUAGGAAUAGCUCGACUCGACUUUUCUCUUUGUUGGAUCAGGUGCGAGAUUCUCCUCCUCCUUUCUUUUCAGUGUGAUAUAGCUGUUUUAUUUUCUUGAAUUGGUUUUUAUGUUCUGCUCCUAUCUUUUUAAUAUUGGUUCAUGCUCAUGGAUGAGAUACCCUGUUUUGCCUUCUAUUGUUCGUUUACUGAUUCUCCUUUACCCAAUAAAAUGAUGUAAGUGGGAAAUUCUGAUUUGAUAUGUCAGAAAUUUUCUGAAUUUGUUUCAAUUCUUCUGUAUUCAAAGGGUAAUCUCUGCAGGUAGAGUAAGCUUGUGGUCUGUGGGUUUGAGUAGAGUACUUUUUACAUGCAAUUUAAGAUCCAAUGCUACUUAAUUGCAGCAAAUUGAUUUCUUUCCACUGCUGUUUUUAUUGAAGAGCUGAAAUCAUGGCGGUGGGAACAGAAAGGAAGGUGUUUCUGGUAGUUUCCUUUCUUCCCCUAUCAUGGCUUGAAUCCUGUUUUUCAUGCAAACAACACAUUUCCUGUUUCUCUUGGUCAUGUUUGAAACUGAAAAAAAGGGUGACUCUGAAAUGGCCAAGAUUGGUAACCAGGCUAAGAGCAGAACUGAAUUGCGCAAGAGAGUGUCUGGAGAAACAGAAGGCAAGGGUGAAACGGAAAGAAAUCAAAUGUGCUAAAAGGAGAAAAAGGAAUGAAUUCUUCUGGAAGGAAGAUGCAUGCAUCCGACAUGGUAUUGAUCUUACCCUUGGUAUCCUAGAUGCAGAAGAUGAGGGUGACUUUGUCAGAGCUGAUCAUCUUAGGCAGUCUAGGAGUGAGUUGGUGGCCAAGCACAUGGAAGAAACACAAAAUUUCUUGAAUGGUGCACUCAACUGAAACUUGGGCCAAACAGUCAUCCUGCAUAUGUUGUUUCCUACCAACUUUGUGUGUUAUGUAAUAUAAUGGCAAUGUUUGAUUUCUAUGUUCUAAUUCUCUGUUUCAAGUCAGUUUAUGUGGAUCCUUGUUGUCUAUGUUUGCUACUUCCUCUACAAAUAAAGAUGACUGUUUGCU